GGUUACGAAAAUCUGAGAGAAAAAAAAAUCAUAACAUGACCUGAAAUAUACGCAAAAUGUUGAUACUUUAAGAAUAUUGUUAAUAUUUCCGUAAGAUUUAAGCUUGAUGAACAGUUAAUUCGCAUACCAUGUCAGCUGACAAAGUAACAGACGCAAGCAAGGUCAAAGUACUGGUCAACGCCAUGCACAAACAGGGCAUUCGUCUUCUGGCGAUGGAUUUCGAUCAGACAUUGAUAUCUAUUCACUCUGGUGGUCGAUGGAAAGAAACAAUAGAAAACCUGGUCAAAGAGGUCCGUCCCUGCAUGAGAGAUUUGAUUCAUACUUGCCUUGACAAAGGGAUUUACGUUGCCAUUGUUACCUACUCUGCACAGUCUUGGUUAAUUAAAGAUCUGAUGAAAAAUUUAUAUGAUAGAGAUGCAUCAAAAAUAGUAGUGAGAGGGAACACAUCCGACUUUUUGGAAAGGAAUAAUUAUGAAAUAAAUGGAAAAGAGGCUCACAUUGCUGAUGUUCUAACAUGUUUGUACAAAAAUAGACACGAAAUUAUUAAGCCAAAUGAGGUCAUCCUGUUCGACGAUGACACAGACAAUACGAAUGAAGCCAAAAAAUUUGGACACUGGGCAGUGGAAGUGAGAGAAGACAUUUGUUACGACACAUUCACUGAAAUCUCAGCAAUGUUUCAGUCUAAAAGCUCAAAGUAAUUGAUUUUAUUUCAUACUGUUUGUGAUAUGAUGUGAUAUUGUCAAAGCAAUUUAAGCUAACCCAGUGACAUGUUUUUUUCCAUUUUUGAUUGUUAAUCUGUAGAUCCUAUGUGAACACUUUGCUUAUAAAUAUGGUUCUGACACCAUGUACUGUAAACUAUAGUUUUUGAAGGUGUACACAAUUUGGCCCAGCUCAAGGAUUUCAAAAUUCAAGAAAGGACCAAUGAGUGCCGUCAGAUCUUUGUUACUUUAAGCGAGGGAAUAUGAUCUGUAUUUUUAUUAGAUAUUAUGUUUUUCAUCAUUUUACAUUUAAAACAGGUUCAGUAUUGUUAUACCAGAAAUCAUUCAUUUUAUGUACAUGUAUUCACAUUUUUAAUGGAAAAAAAAGGGUAUUAACAUUUUUUAUGGAAAAAAAAGUAUUCACAUUUUUCCUAUUAUACAUACUGAGGCUUUGUUUUUCCACAAGGAACAUGAGAAAAUAUUUGAUGAAAUGAAUUGAAAUAACCAAAGGCAACAAGAAAGCCUUGAUUUUCCUAUGGAGCAGUCUUUA